CGCCAACCUUGACUCUCGUGUGCUACCUUCAGUUUUCGCUCAAAAAGUUUACGUCAAAUUUCGUGUGACGUUCAGUGAAGAAGUUAUUUUUUUUAAAUUCAUCAUGGAGAACCCAGAACACUAUUCAGCUUAUUUGUACUUCCCUUCUCAAGCUACAUCAGAGCUAGUAACUACCCAGGAUUGCUGGGGUAACAACAACAGUCCGACAUCAAGCUACGAUAGCUUAAGUGAAGAAAGUUUCUCCUCCCAAGUACCAAGUCCUUCGGGAAGAAAUACCAGGGGUAGAGUUUCGCCGCAAGUGUUGAAGAGAAGACGUCUGGCAGCUAAUGCCAGAGAAAGAAGAAGGAUGCAGAACCUGAACCAGGCCUUUGACAGAUUAAGGACUUUUCUGCCACAGUUGGGGCAGGAUAGGCAAUUGAGCAAGUUUGAAACGCUCCAGAUGGCUCAGACUUAUAUUUCCGCGUUGUAUGACCUGUUGGAUCAGGCUCCUUCAAGGUAAAAAGAGACUUAUUUAGUGUAGUUUAAUUUGUUUUUAUUUGUGAUGCCAAAGAAAUUUUAAAAGAAUGUUAAAAAUCGUUUUUUUUUCUCGAAAGAGACAUUCCAUUUGUUUGUUACUGUAGAUAUUCUUAUUGUAAAUUAGAAGAUAAGUGUUAUCUAGAUAUGUAAAAAUAAAAAUUGCCAUGAUGUUUUUCAGUAUUAUUAUUAUUACUCUAUAAGUUUAAUAUAUUAUGUUUUAGUUUUUCUAGUUUUUAAGUGAUUAUUUAUUAAAAAAAUUGUAAUUUUUCUCUUGUAAAUGAUUUUACAGCGUUGUGCCAAAUCUUGUGUGUCAUAUAAAACUGU